AUAGUUAUUGCUGAAAAUGGUCAAAUUAUACAAAUUAUUGGAGAUUAUGAGUGUGUUACUUGUCAUCGUAUUUUUCCCAGUGAAAAUAUGUUAAAGGAGCAUUUACAAGUAUGUAGAGAAGACGAUGACACUGAUAUUAUAGAAUUAGGUAGAAUGGCUGAUUUAGAUUCAGAAGAUGAAGAUGAUGGAAAUAUCGAUGAUCCAGAUUAUAAUACAGAUUCAAGUGCAUUAGAUUCUCAAUGUUCUAAGAAUAAUAAUAAAAAAAUUGCCAUUAAACCUGUAGCAGAAGAUCAAUGCCAUUGCUGUGCAGAAGAUUUAAAAACCGCUCAUUCUGGUGGUUUAUUUAAAUGCUCAAAUUGUGAUAUGUCAUUUAAAAAAUCAUCGUCUUUAGAAAGGCAUUUAAUUGUCAUACACUGGGAAUCUGAUUCAUGCACAUGUAGUGACUGUGGUUCAACAUUUCGUGACAAGAAAGCCUUAGAUAAGCAUCGAUAUACAACACAUGUGAAAACCAAUAAAGUGUACAGAUGUGAUAAAUGUGAUACUUAUUUUUCAAGAAGCUACCAUUUAAAUCGUCAUAAGCAACAAUCAGGCUGUCAUGGGGAUACUAGCAAUAGUUUUGCAUGUCAGGUUUGUAAGAAAGUUUUUACUCGUAAGGAUAAUUUACGAGAACAUUUGCGAACUCAUGCUGGAAUGCCACAAAGAAAAAAAAAAUCCUGUCAGCUUUGCCCAAAGCAGUUUUAUACUAAUCAACAAUUAGUAAUUCAUCAACGUAUGCAUACUGGGGAGAGACCAAUAGAAUGUGAUUUAUGUCCCAAAACUUUCUUGUCUACAUUAGCUAUGAAAAAACACCGUAGAGUUCAUACUGGAGAAAAACCAUUUGAAUGUAAAUAUUGUCAAAAAAAGUUUGCUGCGAGAGAAACAUUAAAUCGUCAUCAACGAACACAUACUGGAGAAAAACCUCAUGUUUGUCAGUAUUGUAAUAAAUCUUUUAUCCAGGCAGCUCAAUUACGGGCUCACAUAUUUCAUCAUACAGGAGAAAAUGGUUUUUACUGCGAUGUUUGUGGAAAAGCUUUUAAUCGUAAAGCACGUCUUACCAAUCACAAAAAAUUUGUUCAUGAAGGUGCGACACCAUUUAAAUGUGAAAUAUGUGAAAAAGCAUUCACACGAAAGGAAGACUUAUCUAAGCACAUAAAUUUACAUGCUGGAAUUAAACCUCAUAAAUGUGACACCUGUGGAAAAUGUUUUGCUGCUAAAUCAUCGUUACAGGCUCAUAUGAAUACUCAUAGGCGUGAGCCUCCACAAUCUUGUGCUGAAUGUGGAAGAGCAUUUAUUCGUCAAGACUGUCUUAUGCGACAUAUACGAGCAAAACACAGAGAUCUUUUGGAAGAUGUACUUGGAGAAGCAGAAAAGAAACAUUUACAAUUGCAAAUGUUUAAUAUUGCUUAUACAGCGGCAGAAAAAAUGAAAACUGGAGAGACAAAUAUUCUUUCAACUAAUGAGUUAUUGAAAGCAAUUACAGAAUUAUUAACUGUUCUUAUAGAAAAAGAAACGCUUGAGUUAUUUGGUUGGUUGCAAUCGCCUUUGCAAGAUGUUUUAGAAGCUGUUAUUCGCAGAUGCGGUCAUGAACCACUUACAUCAGAAAGUGAUUUAUCACUUUCAGAGAGGUUAAGGGGAAAUGUUAAAUUAUUAUUUAAUGCUGUUAUUGAAGAUGAGAAUGUAAAGUCAUUAUUAACGACCCAAACUGUUGAUGAAGUAAUUAUGCAUGUUCUUAAAUUGUCAAAAAAUAAUAAAGAAUCUGAAGAGAAAUAGUAAAAUCAUAAAUAAA